AUGGCUCCUUCUAUCAACGACGCUCCUAUCAGCCAAGCAAGCUCCCCUUCGGAUUGCAAGGUCGGCAUUAACGGCUUUGGUCGUAUCGGCCGCAAUGUCCUCCGCGCCGCUUUAGUUCGAUCUGAUAUCCAGGUUGUCGCUAUCAACCACACAUGUGUCACUGUUGAAGAUCUGAUCUACCUUAUUCGUUAUGACUCUUCCAUGGGUAACCUGGAUGAGCGAGUGGAGAUCCACGCCGUCUCUGACAACCUUAUUACCAUCGAUGGAGCCGAGAUUGCCCUUACCUCGGAGAGAGACUUGAAGAAACUUAACUGGGCUGCGUUGGGAGUCGACUAUGUUCUUGAAUGCACGGGCAAGUUCACAAAGAGAGACCUUGCAUUGGAUCACAUUACAUAUGGAAACGCCAAGCGUGUUCUCAUCUCUGCACCCAGCUCCGACUCACCUACAUUCGUCUACGGCGUCAACUCAGAUGACUACUCCCCCAGUGAAGAGUGCCGCGUUGUCUCCAACGCAAGCUGCACAACCAACUGUGUCACACCUGUCUUGAAGGUUCUUCAAGAGUCCUUCGGCAUUACCCAGGGUUUCCUCACCACAAUCCACGCUGCUACUCGCUCUCAACAAGUUUUGGAUGGAUACAGCAAGAAGAAUGCUCGAUUGGGUCGUGGCGUCUUCAACAACAUUAUUCCCACAACCACUGGUGCUGCCAAGGCUGUCGCUUCUGUGCUCCCUGAGCUGAAGGGCAAGGUCACUGGUGUUUCCAUUCGUGUUCCCACACCCAACGUCUCUAUGAUCGACCUCACAGUCAGCACCGAAAAGCCUACCUCCCUCGCCGAGAUCAUGUCCGCAUUCCGUCUUGCCUCUAAAUCCACAAUGGCCGGUGUUCUUCGAGUGACGGAUGAGCAGCUUGUUAGCAGCGACUACAACGGUAGCCCUUACAGUGCUAUUAUUGAUGCUCCUGCCUGUGCGGAGCUCAACCCUCAGUUCUUCAAGAUUAUGGCUUGGUACGACAACGAAUGGGGAUACUCUAACCGACUCCUCGAUUUAACGACUUUGGUUCACUCUCAGGAGGCUUAA